CGAGGAGAAGGAUCUCACCGCGACUGGCAGUGGUAUUUAAAAAACACACCAGUUUCGAUGAAUGUGAAGUCUGCAUGGCAAGCCGGGUAUACCGGAAAAGGUGUACUUGUAGCUGUUGUGGAUGAUGGAGUCAACAUGAAUCAUCCGGACCUGAGAUUGAACUUUAACGUUGAUUCGAGCUAUGACUUUUUGAGGGGCCAAAAAAUAAGCAGAUCCCACAGGGCUAGCAGUCACGGAACAUCCUGCGCUGGAAUCAUUGCUGGAGGAAACAAUACUAAUUGUGGUGUGGGUAUUGCUUACGACGCACAAAUUUCAAGUAUACGAAUGUACAACAGGUACAGCAGGGCAUCCGACCAAAGAGAGGCCGACGCUUUAAGCUUCAAGAGUGACGUAAUUGACAUAUACUCCAACAGUUGGGGGCCUAGAGACGCUGGCUGGUAUGUGAAAGGACCUGGUCCCUUGUUAGCAAACGCACUUAAAAAUGGAACACAACUAGGACGCCGUAAGAAAGGUUCGAUCUUCGUAUACGCGGUAGGAAAUGGCGGAGUUACGGGAGAUAGUUGCGCGUUUAAUGGUUACGUAAACAGCAUUUACACAAUCGCUAUCUCUGGAGUGAACUGGGAUGGAAAGGUACCAGGCUACGCUGAACCGUGCGCAGCAAUUAUGGCUGUGACCUACGGACAAGACAAUUACGAUAGUGUCAAAGUACCAGUGAUAACAACCAAAAAUGCAAAUGUAUGCACCGACGAUUUCCCGGGAACUUCCGCCUCUGCUGCAAUGGCUUCUGGGAUCAUCGCUUUGGCACUAGAGGCAAAUCCAGAACUGACUUGGCGGGACAUUCAGCACCUGAUAGUUAGAAGCUCUAAACCUUUGAAUCCGCCGUGGAGGAGAAGUGCGUCGUAUUCUGAGCGUCGUAGUCCUUCUUGGAGGGUCAACAACGCCAAUCUUCGAGUCAGCAAGUUUUACGGAUUUGGAUUGAUGGAUGCGAACGAUAUGGUUCGUUAUGCAAAGAACUGGACUUCUGUUCCACAACAACUGCAUUGCGAGGUUGACCUCGAAAUUCCGGGAACAUCAUGGCCGCCAAUUCCCUGGAGUGGGCUAUUACCUCUCUCCUUGUCUGUAAACAAAAAAAAUUGUGGUAUCCGCUUCCUAGAGCAUGUAGAAGUUCAAAUCGACCUUACCUUCCCUCGACGAGGUUACUUGGAGAUGUUUUCAGAAUCACCGAGGGGAACGCAGUCCAAACUCCUUUAUUCAAGGGUGUUUGACAGUCUUACUGGCCGAAAGAACUUUACAAAGUGGACAGUAAGCAGCUUACAUUACUGGGGAGAGGAUCCUGAUGGAGACUGGAAAAUAACUAUAAAAAACUCGAAGCCGAAUAGAAAAACUAGGAAAGCAGUUUUAGUGAAGUCCUCCUCGUCUUCAGAGUCACCAGCGAACUUAACAAUUAUGAAAUCAAGAGUAAUUAUUCUGUGUUUUUACUCAGUUAGUAAUCAUUCAGCUUGGUCUGCCUGGUCCUUGUGUAGUGCCACAUGUGGUGAUGGACAGCAAACACGCUAUUCUUUAUGUACCAGAGAAUCACUAUGUGUUCGGACUGAAGAAGUGCGGUUUUGUACAUCUGGACCUUGCUCAACCCAAGGAGCCCCGAUUGAUGGUGGUUACUCUUCAUGGUCCCACUGGUCCUGGUGUAGCAAGUCAUGUGGAAAAGGUAGUCAGCAGCGUUUUCGUAAGUGCAACAAUCCCUCGCCGGCAAACGGUGGAGCGGACUGCAAAAGACUGGGUAAAGCUACAGAAAAGCAAAGCUGUAGUGAACGUAGGUGUCCAGUUGAUGGUGGCUAUACAGAGUGGAGUAGCUGGGGCAGCUGUAGCAAGACAUGUAACGGAGGGACUCAGCGCAAAAUUCGUUCAUGUUCCAACCCGACGCCUGCAUAUGGCGGGAAAGACUGCUGGAGACUGGGACCGAGCAUACAAACACGAAGUUGCAAUCCACAGCAAUGCCCAGGUGAUUCUGUUUUGAAUUUUUUGAUUACUUUAGCGAGUCGCCUGUUUUCAUUAAAAUUAAUUUUGUAUGGAACCAAAGAGGAUCCUCUUUCAAGCAACCCUCAUGUUGAUAGACGGAGAAAGGCAAUAAGGAAUGUAUACAUCAAUGCACGAAAAAAAGAUAUUCCAGUUCAUGGGGGUUACACACCAUGGAGUAACUGGGGGUCUUGUAGUGAGUCAUGCGGCGUAGGGAUGCAGUUUAGCACUCGUUCAUGUAGCAAUCCCAAACCAGCAAACAAGGGAAAAGAUUGCAAAGGACCAGCCAUAAAAACACGAAGUUGUUACUUGAAUAGUUGUCCAGUCGAUGGUGGUUACACAAAUUGGAGUGGUUGGAGUACCUGUAGUAAGACGUGUAACGGAGGGACCCAGCGCCAAAUUCGCUAUUGUUCCAACCCGACACCUGCAUAUGGCGGGAGAGACUGUUGGAGAUUGGGACCGAGCACACAGACACGAAAUUGUAGUACACAGCAAUGCUCAGGAGCCCCGAUUGAUGGUGGUUACUCUCCAUGGUCCUUCUGGUCAAGAUGUAGCAAGUCAUGCGGAGACGGAAGUCAGCAGCGUUCCCGCAUUUGCACCAAUCCCCCGCCGGCAAAUGGUGGAGCAGACUGCAAGGGACUGGGAGAAGCUAUUGAAACGCGAACAUGUCGCCUACAAAAGUGCUCGGCCAAAGUAACAAAUAGAUCCUGUCGAAACAGAAUGAGUGAUAAGUUUUGUACUGAGUGGAAAAGCUACUGUACGAAUAGUGAAGACUUUCGACGCAGUUGCGCAAAGACGUGUGGGAAAUGCAAUGGAGCCCCGAUUGAUGGUGGUUACUCUCCAUGGUCCUUCUGGUCAAGAUGUAGCAAGUCAUGCGGAGACGGAAGUCAGCAGCGUUCCCGCAUUUGCACCAAUCCCCCGCCGGCAAAUGGUGGAGCAGACUGCAAGGGACUGGGAGAAGCUAUUGAAACGCGAACAUGUCGCNUACAAAUAAAGAGAGAACAAUCCUUCAAAAUCGAAUAA